AUGGAGCUCAUCCCUUUUCUUCACUCGUUCUUUCAGCAAGGGCUGGUGCGCAGUAACCACGAGGCAUGGAUCAUAUCUCGCUUCAUACUGUGGAGUCUGGAGCACACAGACAUCUCGUCUGCAGGCCUAGCCUUGAGACAUGCCCCUGAAAUCUUCAAAGGCGAGAAAGAUACCCCUGCUUUCGGCUUCCCUUGUGGCCUCUUCCCUGGUGGUUUAUUCUCAUCCUAUAUCCAACUUUACCACAUCGAAAACCCUAUGGCACGACGUAGGGUUGUCACCUGGUUAUUGGAAAAUGGUUAUUCGUUAAGGCAAAGAGAUUUACCAGCACUUAUCAUCUGGUUACUGUCCCCCGAUAGCGAUGGUAGCGGGAGCACUGAUCAACCGGGGCCCAGAGCUCGCGCGGAAGAGGAGCCGGUACAUCUCGCAGCAAUCCUAAAAAAGGCACAGGUAACUUCCGAAAACUUGUCAUAUACAUUUUAUGCGCUCCUCAAAACCAAACAGCCUCUCGAAGCUCUGGUCAAUGCAAUCGAGGGUCUUGAAGACAUCAGUCUAUCACGACUUAUCCGAGUACCUCCAUCUGCAGUGGGAAUUGAAUUCACUGGAAACAGCUUUCUCGACCUUUUCAUUACGACGCCUCUUAUGUUCCUGGCUAAUGACUGGAAGUCACGAGCUAUCAAACUGCUUGCUAGACAUCUGGAUUGCCAAGAUUUAGCCACCGCAUUGGAUCACUCCGACGGCCUGUUCCUCGUCAAGGCAGUACUUAGAUCUGACUUCGCACUCCUCGAUGCCCUCAUCUCUAACGACAUAUUUCGGUCAUACAUUUCGGGAAAGGGUUCCUGGCUUGGUAAUGCUUGGAUUGAAUUGGACUACAGUCAAGCAAGCUGGGAUCGGCGCAUUGUGCAUGAUGUGAGCACGGAGCUUGCUGACGCUCCAUUCCUCAGUUACGAUAGACUCAUUUAUAUGCCAGACCCUAUGAGGAUCCAGCCCGACAAGCGUAAGAUGCUUGAGAUUGAGGCUAGCAGAAGAGGUAAGAAGGAUUAUGAAGCAUUAGGUGCGGCGCUGCGGCGGUUCAGCACGGAGGGUGAGCUCAGCCAACGCGACACUUUCAUGCAAGAACUUCGAAGUUUAGUUGCGAGAUUAGCUGAAAUAGAUAUCCGCCCUACCAUCCUCCACCACUGUGUCUUUGGAAUCACUGUCGAAGAUGCAGUUAUGAUUGAGCCUAGCCUUCGGCCAAUAGUACUUCUCUCAGAGGUAAUUGGGGAAGUCUUGCAACUUAUCGAAUGCCGGGUGAAGGAUACAGUACCUGAGCAGAGUUUGAGGUUUGCUAUCAACGAGCGAUGGAGCCUAGGUGCUCAGUACACCAUCUUCUACCUCCUGGGAUCUCCCGAUCAAAGAGGACAAGUAGAAGAUGUCGACUCAUCCGCUUCUACAGAGGAAUCUUGUUCUCCUUAUCGUCUGACGACAAUGAGACUCUUGAAGGCUCAGAUGAAGCUUCAGCAACUCAGCACCAUUUUUCAGGCACAGACUGCUUCGGUUUAUGGAGACGAGGCAUUUCCUGACCAUAUAGGCCCCCAGGAGCGGAGCAGAUACCGUGUUCUGAAAGCCCCUUCUCAUUGCAAAAGCGACUUGAUGACUGAAGUCCUCCAGGAACAAUGUCCUCAACGCAGGCUCGUGAUACUAGUGGAUACUGUGGCUCGAUGCAGGGAGCUCAAUAUUCCAGAUCUGGACAACCACAGCUCCCUUUUGGCCGUCAACCUUGACAGAAACAUGGCAGUUCACCUUCAAGAGCUGGAACACAAUCUUCAAGUAGCACUCUUUAGCAAGUGCUGGUUCACUGACCCGCAAACUCUCUCGAUUCUCGAGGGUCACAUGGCAGGAAGUCAUGGCUUAUUUCUCAUGGUUCUACUUGAGGCGGGAGCCUGGCUCAGACGGCUGCAACUUGUACUUGUCCGAUUACUCACGCCUGACGACAUGCCGACUAUGAGACAAAGGGAGCAUCUCUCCAAGAUUGCGGAUUUGAAGCUUCGAAUAGCACAUGCGCUCACAAGUAGAAUUCAACAUGAAGCGACGAAGCGUGGUCUGCAAGUAGACCCGACACAGAUGGUCCCGCGUUUUCUAGCUCGUUUGAUGCGGUGA